UCGAUUUACUUCGCCGAGCGUUACUUACGAGAGCCGCCGCCGCCGAAUGCAUGCCAGAAUGGGCCUCGAACUCCGGCAUUCUCCGCCUCGGCCCGACAAACGGACAGUCCCCCAAGCCAUGCCCACGUCCAAUCCGGCCACAACAGCCAUUUCCGGCCUCAGUCCUACCAACAGCACUCGCAUCAACACCACCCCUCGACGCAUCACUUGGCCAAACGGAAGAAGAAGACUCGCACAGUCUUCUCGCGCAGUCAAGUCUUCCAGUUGGAGUCGACGUUCGACUUGAAACGCUACCUCUCCAGCUCCGAACGUGUGGCUCUCGCGCACACGCUACAGUUGACCGAGACGCAGGUGAAAAUCUGGUUCCAGAAUCGUCGAAACAAGUGGAAGCGCCAACUGGCCGACGGUCUGGAGGCGGCCAAACUGGCGGCAGCGGCCAACGCAACCGCGGCCGCGUUGGCGCUCGCCGGUCCCUCGGGCCUCUGCCUCGGUACCACUUCGCCGUCCAUUCUGCCCGCCGCGACCUCGGCCGCCAUCUCGGCCUCCGUCUCGGCCGCCAGUUCGACCUCCGCCCCGGUCUCGGGCAGCCGCAGUUUCGGCGUCGACGACGAGACCAUCUUCGUCUCGCCGUUCCACUCCACUGGCCAGGCGCCGCACCACGUCACGCCUCAUUACACCCUCGCCGGAGGACAGACUGUCGCCGGUCGCGGCCUCCAUCCUCCUCCGGCCACUUGUCGGCCACCGCCCGCCUCGGCCUCGACGGACGGUCUACAGUUUUCGCUGCAACUCCCGUUGCCGUUGCCGUUGCCGAUGUCGCUGCCAAUGCCGAUGCCAAUGCCAAUGUCAAUGCCAAUGCCAAUGUCGAUGCCAAUGCCAAUGCAGAUGCCGAUGCCGAUGCCGAUGCCGCUGUCGUUGCCACUCUCAGAGCUUGUCAACACGUUGACCAACGUCUGUCCGGCCAUCUCCAGUCCUCACAGUCUCCAUGCUCCUCCAAACACUGGCCUCCCAUCCCUCGGACUUUACUCCUCCACAUUCGCCUCUUCCUCUUCCUCUUCUUCUUCUUCCUCCUCCUCCUCUUCCUCUUCUUCGUCUUCGUCAUCCUCGUCCUCUUCGGUCGGCCUGUCGGGACACAUCUUCUCCCCUCCUCCUCUCAUCGUCCCAGAGUCCGUUGCUCCCUUGGCGCCGAUGCUGCCUCAGACAAACGCUUCCGCUUUCCUAUUGGCCAGUGGGCUCAGCCAAUCGUUGUCCUCCUCCUCCUCCUCCUCUUUACUCCCAUCCGCCCAGUCGCCGCCGGCCGGUGGCCACUUCGCCAGUCCUCUCCGUCCGCCAGCCUCUUUCGACUUUCUCGCUCCAGCCGCCCUGGCAACAGCGCCCUGCAGCACCACCGGCACCGAUACUGGGUCACUGGGCUCGACGAAUCGUCUACUGAUGAGAUUGCCGCCCUGCGGAACGGAUCAGUCGCUGGCCGGUCUGUCUGAUGGUCUGACGUUGACCGAUUCGGCCGGUCUGUUCCGCUACGAGUCCCGACCGGGAGAAGGCAAGUCAUUGCCGGAGCUGGCCAAGUUGCCCCCAGCAACUCCGUUCAUCCUACCGCCCAACGCGCUGCUCCCCUCCCUCGCCUGCCCCCCCAACAACCACUUGGACAGCCCACCCUCCGGCCAGGCCACCACCGAAACCUCCUCCUCCUCCUCCUCCUCCUCCGUCGCCGUCGGUCCUCUUUUGCAACCAACGCCUCGCAACGUCUGUCACUUGCUCGCCUCGCUGGUGGCCGCCGACGAGGCCGCCAGGCCGGCUCGAACCGAUACCAUCACCGGCACCAACCUCGGCACCGGCACCGGCACCGGCAGCGGAACGGGAAACGAAGUCUGUCCAACUUGUCCGGCCGACGGACCGCCCGCCACCGUCUGGAUGGCGGCUCUCAACAUGGCCGCCGCCAUGCUCAUGAUGACUGGCGAAGCGGCGGACGCCGGACUGGCGGGACUGCGCAACCCCGGAGCCCGCUCCGGCCUCUUCGACCUCCAGCCUGACCUCGACCUCGCGAGACCGUUGCUGUGCGGGACGAUGUCAGCGUCAACGUCAACGUCAACGUCAACGUCAACGCCAACACCAUUGGCGACGGCGACGGCGACAAAAACUCGGACCCAACACGAUCAGGAAAACGGCCACGUGGACGAAGAGGAGGACGAAGACGAGGAAGAGAACGACGACGAGGAGGAAGAAGAGGAAGAGGAGGAAGAGGAGGAGAGUGAGAAGAAGAGGCCGAGUAGGUGCGUCGACGGAGCCAUGACGACGCAACACAUGACGAGACGACUGAGUGACGCCGACACGCCGAGGCAGACGGCCGACUCAUCGGAGCGGAAAGGGGCAAAGUCGGAUUCCGAGACGGAGGCUGAGGCGGAAGCGAUACGCGAACGUGUCCAGCACGAGAUACGAGGCCUCGGUAGCAACGGCCAGCUUUUGAUUCGU